UGUGUGUGUAAUUAGUAUGUGGGCAGUGCACUCUCUGAAUGGGGGGAACAGCCAGGCAUCCUAAUAAAGAGUAAAAGUGGGAGUUUCCUAAAGACAAAAAAUGUGUCCUCUACAAACCUGACAUAAGAGGCGAGAAGGCGGUGGGAUCAGCAGAAAGUUUGAACAGCAGCAGCAGUUGGGAUCCUGGAUGAUCAUUUGGUUUGUCUGGCGAAAAGGAGGUUUGCAAAACUUCAGAAGACAGGAUCGGGUCCACUGAGGGGACGCAAAGAUCAGCGCAGGGGGACCACAUCAUUGCUGGUAGAGAAGAGACCCCCGGGAUAAACACGCUGCUCGUAGUGUUGGCAGAAGGCAGAGGUGCAGAGACUGGCAGAACUUAACUUAGAAACUCGGAAAGUAGGGACGUGGUGAGGGGAAUAAGAGGCAACUACUCCUGUGGGACACUUCCUCACCUGUACGCUUAUCGGUUCCCCUCCCCAACAGCAUCGGCACAGUGGGUGUCCCUUCACCGGGAAGCUGCAUCCCCCGGUUCUGAUGAUGAUGAUGAUGACGAUGAAGAAGAUGCUGAGGAGAGUGCCCAGUUUGCGCUGGACUCCUGCCCUCCUGCUGCCCUUGGUCAUGCUGGCUGGACUUAGUGAUGGGCAAGAUUCGUUAGAGCCCGUCUCUACCCAGAGGAGAGUUAAUGGUCGCCUUCAUUCUCUCCAUAGGACCGGACUGCCAGUUGCGGGGCAUCGGCCGCAAGCCAGUGGCGCCCCCCAAAGAGGGGGGCAGGAGCAGCCCUCUACUCAGAACAAACAAAAGACUUUGACAGCGGCCGUCCGUUUAGCUGGACCGAAUGUGUGUGGAAAGCGAUGCUGCACUGGGUGGACAGUAACUGCAAGUACUAACAGAUGCAUAAAACCUGUUUGUAAUCCUCCCUGUCAAAAUAAGGGUUCAUGUAGUCGCCCUCAGGUGUGUGUAUGUCGUUCAGGGUUCCAGGGUUCUAGAUGUGAAGAACCUGUACCAGAGCAGGAAUAUUACCCAGCAGCCUCACGUAGAUCGCAAGGCACAGCCCUCAUGACAAACAGGAAUAGGCAAGUUCAAACUCAGAGAAAGGAUGGUUCCAGAAAUACUGCUGGAAGUCAAGCAGCAACUUCUCAGAAAGUCACAAAUCAACAGCAAACAUCAUUGCUUCAAGUGAAAAAAGGGCAUGCGCCUAACUCCCAGCAGGUUGCUGGGGCCUCUCGAACUGUGAGGCGUUACCCAGGGGAUGGGCAGAUCACAUCCAAUGCUCUUCCAAAUGGCAAUGAUGAAGCACUAAGCAACCACGAACGUGCAGAAAACCGAAUUACGCAGAGGAAUAUGGGAAGUCCAGUUAUACCGCCACCAGGGGCAAACCUUACUUCCAGUGUUGACAAGAUAAAGAUUGUGUUCACACCAACAAUAUGUAAGCCGGUGUGUAACAAAGGACACUGCUACAACUACUGUGAGAAGGGAGAUACAACCACAAUUUACAGUGAAGGUAGCCAAAGCCAGUUCACAAAGUCAGGCUUCCGAAUGUAUUUCUGCCAAAUACCCUGCUUGAAUGGUGGACACUGCAUUGGGAGAGAUGAAUGCUGGUGCCCAUCAAACUCCACUGGAAAGUUCUGUCACCUCCCAGUCACCCAACCUGAGAAGCAGCGCAAUAACAAUGUGGCACGAAACAACAAAGCCAUGUCAAAAUCAAUGUACACACUGCCACUUUCACAUCAGAUAGCUUCAUUGCUUCCUUCCUUGGUCAAUGUCCAUGUUGUCCACCCUCCAGAAGCCACUGUGCAGAUUCAUCAGGUCGCAAGAGUCAAUGAAACGAAAUAUAACUUGGCCACUGGGCAAAACAGCAUUGAGCCAGUACAGUCAAAGUAUAGCAGAACUCAGACAUCUAAUGGAAACAGCUUCAUCGAUAUAAAUAGCAUUACAAGUGACAAUGGCCAGAGAGAACAGCACCAGGCUGAUGACAGUGUAGGACGCUGCUAUUUGGAACUCGUUAAUGGCCAGUGUGGAAAACCACUGCCAGGCCUCACCAGAAAAGAAGAUUGCUGUGGUUCCAUUGGAGCAGCCUGGGGGUACCACAUGUGCGUUCCAUGCCAGCCCAAGCCAGCUCACCCUGUGAUAGAGAAUGGCCAAGUGCAGUGUCCAAAAGGCUACAAACGAUUAAAUCAGACUCAUUGCCAAGAUAUAAAUGAAUGCUUGAUCCAUGGAAUUUGCAAGAAAACAGACUGUUUAAACACAAGAGGAAGUUAUCGGUGUAUGUGCAAAAUGGGCUAUAUGAUGGAUCCGUCUAUGAGCCACUGUGUCUCGGACAAAGCUGUGUCAGAAAUACAGGGACUGUGUUACCGAUCAACGCAUGGUGCUACAUGCUCAUUACCGCUCGUUCAACGCAUCACCAAACAAAUUUGCUGCUGCAGCCGUGUUGGCCAAGCAUGGGGAAGGAAGUGUGAACGAUGUCCUCUGCUUGGAUCAGAUGCAUUUAAUGAGAUCUGCCCAGCUGGGCAUGGUUAUACCUACUCAAGAUCAGAUAUUCAGAUUUCUAUGAGAGAGACAGAUGAAGAAGAGAUUCCACAGCACAGUGAGGAGACACAACAUGGACACAGCAAUAAGUGGGAGGAUGACCUUUUCUCUCCCAGCACAUCUGAUUGGCCAUCAGAACAGGAAGCAGCGAGACAAACUGCUGCUAUCCCAUCUGUUGAUAUAGGAGAUACAUCCCUGGAAGAAACUGCAGUCACACCAGCUGUUCCGCCAUACCAAGACAGCGUAAUAGAGAAGACAACCCCACAUGCCCAUUUCUAUGAACCUGCUGCACCUUCAGAUGAAAAUAUCUCACCUGUUUACAUAGCAACACAGGUGACAGAGAUCGACAGGUGUGCUGUCAGUCCUGGGAUUUGUGGACCAGGCACCUGUGUCAGCCUACAUAAUGGCUACACUUGCUUCUGUAACACGGGCUACUGGCUGAAUGCUGCGCAGACCAAAUGUGUCGAUGUGGAUGAGUGUGCUGGCAACCCCUGCAGUGGGAAAGGACGCUGCUCUAAUAAUCCAGGAUCUUACACAUGCCACUGUUUCACGGGUUAUACUCUAGCAACAUCUCAGGAGGGGAUCACAUGUCAAGAUAUCGAUGAGUGUCAGCAGGGAGUGUGCCUCAACAGUCGAUGCACCAAUGUUCCUGGCUCCUAUCGCUGUGAUUGCGAAAGUGGCUAUGUCAUGAACAGACGCAGGCAAUGCGAAGAUGUCGAUGAAUGUCGUAACCCAAAUGCCUGCCCUGGUAAAAAAUGUGUCAACACUGCUGGUUCCUUUGAAUGUGUUCACUGCAGUCCAGGAUAUAAAGCUAGAAAUGGAAGAUGUGUAGAUGAGAAUGAAUGUCUCAAUGCCAAAGUCUGUGCAAAUGGAAGAUGUCACAACCUGGAGGGCUCUUUCCAAUGUUCCUGUAAUCCUGGUUAUGAAUUGUCUGAAGACAAGCAGAGCUGCAAAGAUAUUAAUGAAUGUGCCACUGCAAACGUGUGCCCUAAUGGGAUCUGUACCAACACUGAAGGUUUCUACACCUGUGUACUCUGCCAGCCUGGAUACAAGGUGUCUUCUGAUGGACGUAGAUGUGAAGAUGUCGAUGAGUGUGCUUCAGACGAGGCAUGCCGCUUUGGCAUCUGCACCAACACAGAAGGUUCCUUUACCUGCAGAGCAUGCAGACCAGGAUACAGGAUAUCACCUGAUCGGAGGACAUGUGAAGACAUUGAUGAAUGCGCAUCCCAGGAUACAUGCCCCAGGGGAAUUUGUACCAACACUGAAGGUUCCUAUUCUUGUGUGGAAUGUGGCACUGGCUAUGCUAUAUCUACACGUGGAGAUACCUGUGAAGAUAUUAAUGAAUGUGAAACUUCCAGUACUGUCUGUGUGGACGGAGACUGUCAGAAUGUUCUGGGGUCAUACACCUGUACCUGCCGUGCAGGCUUUGAACUGGUUAAUGGAACUGUUUGUCAAGAUGUGAAUGAAUGCUUGUCCAUGGACGUAUGUGGCCCUAACGGUGAAUGUUUGAAUAACUAUGGUUCCUACUUCUGUCUCUGUGCUGAAGGCUACUCCAAUGCUGCUGGUGGAAUCAGCUGCCAAGAUGUUGAUGAGUGCUCAGAUGGACACAAAUGCGCUGGUGGCCAUUGUAUAAAUAGUGAAGGAUCAUUCGUAUGCUACUGUUCUUUAGGCUAUAUUUUCUCACUGGAGACAGACAACUGUGAAGAUGUGGACGAGUGUGCUGAAUACAGAGAAGAGCUGUGUGGCUCCUGGAGUUGUAAGAAUACCAUUGGUUCCUACCAAUGUGUAGGAGAAAAGGGCUGCCCAACUGGAUUCCAGGUGUCAUCCACAAAUGAGUGUACAGAUAUGGACGAAUGUGUAAAUGAAACAAUCUGUGGAAGCCAUGGCUUUUGUGAGAACACACUGGGCUCUUUCUUGUGCAUCUGUCAUCUAGGGUAUCAGAACCUGCCUGGAGAAAAUGGCUGUGUUGAUAUCAAUGAGUGUGAGAUGAUGUACGUCGUUUGUGGAAAGGCGAUGUGUGAAAAUAUGGAUGGAACCUUCAUGUGUCACUGCCCUGACAAUGAGGAAUAUGACCGUGACUCUGGUGAAUGUCGAUCACAUCAAGAGACUGGUGUGCACCCGUUUAAACCAGAAAGUGAAAGUCAUUAUAGUCCCAACAGACACACAGUUCAUGUCACCAGCACCAGUUUGGAGCGGAAGAGCUGUUACUACAAUCUGAACGAUGCCAGCUUGUGUGAUAACGUUCUAGCAAGAAACAUCACAAAGGAAGAGUGUUGUUGUACAGAAGGAGCUGGCUGGGGAGAGAACUGCAAUAUUCUUCCAUGCCCCACCAUAGCAACAGAGGAAUAUAACAGUGUCUGCAUGAAUGGAAAAGGAUUUGUUCCUAUUGAAGACUCACCUUUGGAACAGAGACUCUUUAGGGAUGUAAAUGAAUGUGCACUUUUUGGAUCAGAGAUCUGUAAGAAUGGACGUUGUGUCAACCAGCUCCCUGGCUACAGUUGCUACUGCCGAUUUGGCUAUUACUAUGAUAAUAUUAGGCUAGAGUGCACAGAUAUCAAUGAGUGUUUGGAGGAAGACUCCUGUAUAAAUGGGGAAUGCAUUAACACACCAGGCUCCUUUUACUGUUUCUGUCACCCCCCACUGCUACUGGAUCUGACACAGAGAAAAUGUAUCAAUAUGACUUACUACGAUGCUGACACUGAUGCAGGCGAACAUGUGCUCCUUUCUGUUUGUUGGGGAACAGUGACUCAGAGCAUGAUGUGUGCUAAGCCAAUUAAUGAGAGACAGACCACCUACACAGAAUGUUGCUGCCUCUUUGGUGAGGCAUGGGGUCAGGACUGUGCCUUAUGUCCACCAAAAGGAACAGAAGGACAUGCAGAAUUAUGCAACACCAACGGAGCAGAGGGUGAGGCGAGAUCUGAUCUGAGAGAACGAGUUGGCUUUGAAUAUGGGUCUGAAGCACCACCUUAUGGAGAAGAAGAAUCUCAUUUUGACUUUGGUGGUGAGUUUGGAGUGGGACAGUUUUACAGUUACUCGGGCCCUGAAUAUGAUGCAACCUACACAGGAGUCAACCAGCAAGACCCAAGCCGGGAAUCUGGAUCCAGAGAAGCUAGUCGAUUCUUACAGAGUCGUCCACCAGUGUAUCAGCCAUUCCCUCUGGAUCACCAGAGAGCAAGGCAUAGGGCAUUUGAAGGUCUUCAGUCAGAAGAAUGUGGCAUCUUGAAUGGCUGUGAAAAUGGACGCUGUGUGAGGGUUCCAGAAGGAUACACCUGUGACUGCUUUGAUGGAUUCCACUUUGAUGCGACAAAGAUGUCCUGCUUAGACAUCAAUGAAUGUGAAGAUGUUGGUAAUGGGCCCGGACGGUGUAAACAUGGGAAAUGUGAGAACACUGAGGGAUCAUAUCGCUGCAUUUGUUUACCAGGCUUUGUAGCUUCUUCCCAGCCAGAUGAGUGUUUGCCAUCAGCACCAAAACAAGGAGAUGGUCAGCAGUGAUGGAGUUACAGAAGGACUGGACACAUUCCAUCUCAAUUAUAUAUAAAAAAAAGAAUAAAGCAAUACUUCAGAGGCAGGGGCUUUGUUACAUGGGACUGCUUAACUGUAAUCAGAGACAGAUCUUACUUUUGCAGCAACAGACUACAGGGUUGUGUAAGGCACUAAAACCAUAUUUAAUGAUAUUAAGAAUUGCACAUCCCUACCAUAUUGGAAGUACAUUACCUUUCACAUUGAUUAUUUAUUUUUUAUGGUCACCACAGCCCCCUUAGCUAGCUCCUGGUAUAUUCCAUCAGUAGUACGACUCCUAGUGCUUUAUUGUCAAGUUAGACUCACACCUGCAGUGAUUUCAGUGCACUCUAAGCACCUGUGGAGGCAGGAGUCUGCUAGACCCGUUGUGUAUAACUGCUGGAUAAGGGUAUGCUUGUAAUUUAGAAUGGAGGUGACCCCUUUCAAUUGCCAGAGGCCCUGGUAACUAGAGGUGAAACACAUAUCUGAGCAGCUAUAUGCCAACAUGUGGAACCACUCAUUGCACUGUUACCAUGGUAACUCCUGCCUAUGUGUUCAUACAUACAUGUAUGUCAGUGGUGUGUAGCACUCUCUCCUGUAAUUACAUAUGUGGUGAUGCAAAACUGCAGUGUCACUGGCAAUUACAUAUAUGGUGAUGAUAAUAUGUUACACUGUCAUUACAUUUAUGAUGACAGUAUACUGUUGUGUCACCUAUGGCUGUGGAUAAGACACUAUGCUGCUCUAUCAGUGAUUACAUACACGAUGAUGUCAUGUUGUGAUGUCACCUUUACAUAUAUCGCCACACCAUCUUCUUUGAUUACAUGUAUGCUUAUUAUAUGUUGUAUUGUCACUUGUGUUUACUAUGGCACUCAUGUUUAUCCCUGAAAUGCUCAACUCAACUCCUCUGCUAAUAUUCUUUUAACACAGAAAUGUUUCCAAAGUAAGGUUUAUGAUGUUAUCAGUUUUGUAUAUAGCAGUUUGCCAGAAGUAGCUUUAUAAGUACAAUACUGAUUUAUUUUUUAAGAGUAUAAGUAGUGAUAAAGAUGGAUUCUCAGUUUCAUUCACAUUAAACUUGACAGAGCUAUAAAUGUUACUACUGCAAGUGAAUUAUCAGUUUUGAUAUAGAACUGCAUUGAAAACACAGUAUUAAAACUGCAUUAUAAAGGUAUAAUGCAGACAGUAUUAUCAAUGAAUUAUCAUUCCCACAGGUAACAACUAAAAGAAAUAAGAAUGGAAUAUUAGACCCCCCCAGAACACGAUCAAAGCAUAUUAAGCAUUUUAAAAUUUACUAUAAAAAUUGAGUGCUAAGGUGGGAAAAACUGCAACUCGUCAGUGGCUGUUAAUGUUCAUAAGGGCAGCACAAGUAAAAAUAUGCUCACACUACAAGUUCUAAUAUUGACAGGAGUAGCACCAUUACUUAUCAAUAAUUUUACAUAAAGUAAUAUUUUUUUCUUGUUUUUAUUGAUACAAAACACGCACAUUCUUUGAUCCUUUCCACAUGCCUAGCAUUACUUAGCUGUCAAACCUCCUUAAAACAAUUUGGUCAGAAAUUAAUUUUAAUGGUAUCUGUGGCAAUCUGCACAGUGGUAUUGUUAACUAGAAGUAACUCAGGCGAAUAAAAGAUAUCAAACAAAAUAGUACACUGCAAACAAGUAAGUGCAGAGGUUGUCUGGUUAUAUAAAUGAACAUUCCCUUUCUAACAAAUACUAAUAGGGACUGUUCUUUAUCACCUGUUCAGUGUUUCUGAGUGACAAGUAUACAGCACUAGAUACAACAUGUUAGGCAGUUAUAUGGUGAUCUGUGAGGAAUACAUACAUUUCAUCUUUGUAAAAAUCAUACUAAGUACUUACCACAGACAUUAGUGUGUACCAUAUUGCCCCCUAUUUCACUAUAAUGGCUGCACAUUGCAAGACAGUUUGCAAAUUUCUGUUCAGAAUUACAUUCAUUGUUUUGUAUUUGUGGACAGAAUUAUACUUCAUUGUCUUGUAGUUUUAUAAAACCAGCCUUUUGGGCGGUAGGGCCCUUAAUUUCUUUCAUCUGCCAUCUGUCUGUUGUUGCUUGUUUUGCUGAAAGAAAUUAUAGCUUUUAUAGAUUUGCAUGGACCUGCCCCAUUUUGCCCUGGUGGCUGGUAGGUGCAGUGUAGUGACAUCAGUGCUGGGCCCAUUAUAGUCAAGUGUUUUCAUGUCUCUACCCUAGAACCAGCAGUGGGCAUUCACUUCCACUGCAGUCCUUCCCACCCUGGUUCCUGCCAUGCAUGGGUCUGCUAGUAAAACUCAACUGGGUUGUAGGCAGAGCUGUGUCCAUCUGUACUACAUAGCCAACUAAAAUGAUUUUUUUCUCCCAAUUCUACUAUUUUUAUUGAUUGUGAAGCCCAUUUUUGGCUAUCCUACUCCAUGACUCAAAGUUCAUUGUGCCACCCCUUCUCCACUGCCCCAUAUAGCCAAUCCAUUCCUCCAGGAGGUGAGAUUCAAGCAUGGAAGAGCAGAGCAAUCAGUCAUCUGAGGAUACAGGAUUUUGUUGCUUUAACGCCCUAACUCCUUCUGUGCAUACCUGUAGCAGUUCCCCAUUUAGCAUGCAAUGGGCAUCAAUGACGGCAUGUCACUUUAUUAUCCGGGUGAUGUAAUCCUUCAAGAGAUCCUUGCCCCUUUUGAAGCUAGUGCACUGGGGGUCUACAAUAAGAACAGGCACCAAGAUAUGUACCCAUGCCCUUCUCCCAAAGAGAAUUGAGUAGCAAAGCAGCAUCACUCCUUUGUUCCCAUGCCAGCACAGGUAGGCACUCAAAGCUACUAUUUAAACUUGGUUCACAUGGGCAAUAGUCAAAAGAUUUUAACUUCUAUGCAAACAGAGCUGGCAAAGCCCAUUUUUUAAUUAAUGCAUCCAAUGCAAAUUUCUAAUCUCAGAAAAUAAAGUACUGAACUUUAUAAAGUAAUGCACUCCAUAGGCUGUCCUGUAAAUAUCAGAGUGCAGAGUCUAAUAAGGUUCUGUUUUCAUGCAGAGGUGCUGCUGUUAUACCACCUCUUAUAAUACUGCUAUCCCUGUUUCACUUGGUUUCCACGUGUCAGCCUUAAGUUGUUCAUGUCCACACAAUGCAGUUAACAUUUACUGACAGCCUUAAAGUCUUAAUGCAGGUAACCAGAGGACACUGUACUUUGUAAAGAUGCUAGUCCUCGGUUUUUAACUCCCACCCUUGUAUUGCAAGACACAUUGACCUUUGAGUAGGCUGUGUCACUUUCCGUGAGCUCCCAUUCUUUUUGUGUUAUCUUUUGUGGGGUCCCUGCACUUACAAGCACCACCUUGAUGGUGUUUCACUGUGGUUAUAAUUUGUCAUUUAAAAAUUAUAUAUAUAGAGUAUUUUGUAGCUGUGUAGAAUAAUGUUAUAUCAGAUGUAUUUUCUGCCCUGUGGUGCAGAUGCAGGUACUCAUGAUACCCCUGUCUGUCAUCUGUUGCUUGCUUCUUGUGUUUAGCAGCUUUGGAAUCCUGGGACUGACAGCCAGUUAAGUCGUGGAGAAUGCACCCGAUUAGUUUUUGGCCAGACUUACAGAGGGUGUCAGGUCUAUGUGUGGCUACUCUAUUGCCCAGGGUAUCAGUCAUACUGCCCUUGUGGUAGGCCGCAAUUCAGUAUGCAUGUUGUUCUAAGCUAUUUGCACCACAUCUGUGACAUCUGCAAAAAAUCUGCAGCAACAGGUUCUGACAGAGUUAGCUAAGGGUGGUACUUGAAUGUGUUUCAGUGUACCAUCAGUAUCCAGUGAGUCCUUACACUUGGACAGAUUCUCAGUCACACAGUGGAGGCUGUGGAAUUGAUUUUUCAUCACAUGGUACCUCAUGUCAUGUGACUGAAGUAUUUGGUUAGAAGGAGAUUUUUGUGCCCUCAGAAACUGUGAGAAGAUGGUACAUUAACAAUUCCACAUUCGACCACACGUGCCUAUGAUUACUGUGCCACUUCUGCAAAAAACUUUCACUCAAGAAUCUGCUCUGCUCCUACGCUUGGCCUGCCAGUCUGGACAAAACUAUUACAGUAUUUGAACAUAACAGUUUUUGUGCACUUCGUUGAUAUGGGGGGGUGUAUAUUCUCCAGGAAAGAUGAAACUGGUGAAUAGAAUAAGAGACUUUAAGGUGGUCUUUCCAUGAUUCUAAAACAAGGAAUAUUCAGAGGGGCUAUUAUUUCAGAAACUUUGCUGGAUUGUAUUUCCUAAGCACAUCCCUCUCUGAAGGUUAGUUCCAAAUGGUACUUAGUUUUGCCUUAAUGUUAGCAUUCAGUCUUGAAAAACUGAAAAAAGUGUUGAAACGCAACUAAUUACAGAUGAUUUCUGAAAGACUGAAAUGGGGUUAUUGGUCCCUAACAUACACCACAAGCUUGUUUUUAUGUAAGUAUUUCUGCUGUUUUUUAAGUACAUAAGAUAGCCAGUUGCACAUAAUCUACAGUUUGAAGCAUUACAGAAAAUGUGGAAUAUCUAAAAAAUGUGUUCAAAAUACUUUUGUGAAUCAAUGAGCAUUGCCUAUUGUCAGUAACAUUCCAGCUACAGAAGCCUAAUGUUAUUAUGGCCUGUUACUUUGUGGUUUUAGCCAAGGAUAAAUACAGAGAAAUUACAUAGGCAGUUUUUUUUCUGCAUUAUGAAGAAAACUGACAAGUCUUCUUGUAUAGACGGAAAUAAAAGAAGCAAAAGGGCUCAAGGAAAAGCAGUAGAAACUGCAAGGCCACUGUGAUGCUUAACGCCAAAGCACGUGGACAUUUUAGAAUGCACUGAUGGAAAACAGUGGUGCCUCUCCAAAAACAAGAUGCCCUUACGAAGUUCUACAAAGAGGCUUUGGUUAUGAAUGUAUUUGGUUUACCUCUAAUUGCAGAUGUUUUUCAUAUACCUUAAUAAAUUACUGGUUACCUUACAAGAUA